ACAUUUCGAAAAUAUAAGUCAAAGUAGGGCCUGGAGCUAAGCAGUCAAUGUCGUUUGCGUCCCAGUCCAAAUUCAGUUCACAUUACUCGGUUACCUCAGUCCGAAGCCACUAGACAUAUAUUUUUUUAAUAUUUUGUAAGAGAUUCCUUCCAUUAUGGAGCGAUUCGCACUGACAACCUGCAUUCGCCGUGUCUGGAUCAUGUCCGGAUGGCUGCGCCAGGAGGCGGCAAUAGCAGCCGGCAUGUUGGUGGUGCAGCGACACCAGGUCGAGCUGAGGAAUAAGGAGGAGGAGGAGGGGCUCAAUGUCGGACAGCAGGCUGCACCCAGUGGCGGCGACAUGGGCGUGGACUCUCAAGGAAGACUCCGCCGUGUGCGGCUGCUAGACGACUACAUCGUGCCCUUUGAGUGCGGUCUUUGAUUCUCGAUCCGCAUCUCCUGUUCGCCGAUCUGGUUCUGGGCCACAGCGCAGUUAGUUCAUUUCGCUUUCGGAGUAGUUGACAUUUAAGUAGUUCGAUUCGUGAAACCGCUUCCCCAAAUUUUGGUCAGACGGAAUCUUCAUUGUGUGCUCUACGUGGACGGAGAACGAAAACAAAUAUUUUAAUCGAAGAUAUAGCCCCAAAAAGCAUGUUAUUGUAAAUUUUAUAUUUUCACGAGUAGUUCGCGUUAAUCUCGACGUUUUAGCAUCUCAAUGUUUAUAGAGGCUUACUGAGUUUAUAAAGCUAGAUUGGAUUCCAUCAAAGGUUGAAACAAGCCUGGAAUUAAAUGGCAUCUGUUUGCAAGCCUUUAAACUUAUCAGAUACCCUUUACUCAUCUAGUGAAAGUGAACCUUGUUCGAAAUAUGCAAAAAAUAAAGAAAAUUCGAGAGGAA